CCAUUAUAGCUAAUUAUUCUGCUUCCGCCGAGAUGCUCAAGGAAGAAAGUCUCGGGCGAGACGACGUCAGUUCGGUGUUUGCUUCUCAAGCACCCUCUCUCUCUUCAUUUUUUUUCUUUCAUUCUCUCUCUUCAACAGCUACAGGACGGAACCCAAAAGCCAAAGCUCAGAGAAAAUUCUCAAUUCACUCUCUGCACGCGCCUUCAGGUGGCUACGUUUUCCCCCUUUGCUGGCGUAAGAUUCUACUUCCAUCUGUCCAUGGUCAGAUUUUCCAUCUCUUGUUUUGGUAUUUCCUAUUCGAUCCGAUGGAGAAAACAUUGCUGAUUGCUGUGGAAUUCGAGCGGGAGGGUGGUUCAUUGAAUGGUUAAUUGGAUUUCAUUGCGUAGAGGAUAAGGAAGGAUAAGGAAGACGAUCUAAUCGUAUUCGUGUUUCCGAUCCUGAUGAUUGUCUUCAGUUUGUGGUAAUUUUAGAAGAAAUUUGAAGUAUGAUGCUGAAUCGAAGUCCGCCAAAGCAUAGACAUGAUGGAACCUCGCCGUUGCCUCUUGGAAUGGACUGGAGCCCUCCUCCUCGAAAAUGGAAUGGGAAGGACACAGUUUGGCCUCAUGACCAUCGCACAGGAUGGAGUUACUGUGUCAUAAUACCUUCAUGGGUUGCCCUUCCUAAGACACGAGCUGCAGAUCCUGUGGUGGUACGCUUUUCAAUGGCUCCCAGUUUCUUUUGGGUUCAGGUUGGUGUACAGUCACCUGAAGGGAUCACAGCAAUGCGGGGAGUAUUAAGGCGAUUUAAUGAUUUCAUGAAUUUAUUUUCAGAUGUUAAAAAGGCUUUUCCAAAGAAAAUUAUUCCUCCAGCUCCACCCAAAGGAAUCUUACGGAUGAAAACCAGGGCACUCUUAGAAGAGAGAAGGCGCUCUUUGGAGGAGUGGUUGACAAAGCUGCUGUCUGACAUUGAUAUAUCAAGAAGUGUUGCAGUAGCAUCCUUCCUUGAGCUAGAAGCUGCCGCUAGGUCUUCUUUCCAAAAUGAUAAUCAGGGGCCUUCAGGUGAAUACCCUGAUUAUAACAGCAAAAUUUCAGCACAUCAAUCCCCUCCUAAUUCAAGCUCAUCUACUGUUGCUGGUGGUUUGUCGUUUGCAUCAGAUUAUGGUAGUGAUACUGCUUAUGAGGCCUCUGAACUUGGUACAGCAAGUCUGGGAAGAGAUGAUAAUUCUGAAAUUGCCAUAGACGAUUUAGCUCUGGAUGAUGAUCUUUCCAGUCCAAUCGAAAAACUUGUGAAGUAUGGAUUGUCCAAUAUUGAUGAGGGACUGUUUAUGGGACAGACCAUUCUAGAGCAGUUGGAAGGCCUUCCAAAACAUAAAGCUCAUCCUAGAUAUAAUAACAAUUUAAAGGAUGGUCACAAUGGUAAUACUUCCAAGGCAUCGUACUUGGAUAAAAAUGGACUGGUGCCGUUUGCAGAGCCUGAGCAUGGCAAGGUAAUUGGCCAUGCUCGCAAGCUGUCUGAUGAGAGUGUAGCAAGUGAUGCAAGUUCUCUGAAAGGUGGAGAGAUUUCAAGCUUUUCACUUCGGAAUUCAGUAGGCAAUGGCUCACUUGAUCAUUCAGGUGCCGAGGUUUCAAAUGCAAUUGAAUUUCAUAGCAACCCUGAAUUGCAUUUUUCACAUGAUGCACUCCUCUUCCCAAAGGAUCAUCGACAUAAAAUGAAUAGGGUUCUUUCAACAAUGCAUCAAAGGCUAGUGACAGCAAAAACAGACAUGGAGGACCUUAUAUCAAGAUUGAAUCAGGAAAUUACCGUGAAAGAUUACCUUGCAACAAUGGUUAAGGAUUUGGAAGUAGAACUCGAAAUAAACAAGCAGAAAAGUAAAGAAAACCUUCAACAAGCUAUUUUGAUGGAGAGGGAAAAAGUUACCCAAAUGCAGUGGGAAAUGGAGGAACUUCGUCACAAAUCAUUGGAAAUGGAGUUAAAAUUGAAGUCUAAAGAGGGUGAAAAUUCAUUUUCAGUGCCUACAAAAGGUUUUACCCUUCAGGAGAAAGUCGCCUUGCAAGAAGAGCUCAAAUCCACGAAAGAGCAACUAAAGAAUGUGUCUAAGCAAUUUGAAGAGCUUGAAGGAAAAUCAAAAGGAGACAUCAGGGUUCUUGUUAAAGAGGUCAAAUCUCUUCGAAGUACCCACGCCAAACUUAAACAAGAGCUUAGUCAAACACUUCAACAGAAGUCUGAGACCGAGGAAUUCCUUCGACAAGAGAGAGAAAUGAGACAGCAUGCAAACACCGCUUGGAGAAAGCUGCUGUCUGAAUGUAGGAGCCUACAUGGUCGGCUUAAAAAAUGCAGCAUGAAUUUUUCAGCAGAUGAUGAUUAUAACCAUGAUGUGGAAUCAUCAUCCUUACCUAAUGCCUUGGAUUUGUUGACGACAUCUGAUGACCAACUAAAUCUCCUCCUGGCUGAGGAAAAUCUUCUGGCCAAUGGCAAACAAACUGCUACUUCAAUGGCAGAUGAUGACGUUCGGGAUGGUGACAACGAUUCGGUUAAAGUAGACGCAGAGUUGAGGAUGAUACUUAAAGACAUAUUCACCGAAAACACUAGGUUGAGGAAACAGGUCAAUUCUUAUUUCAGGCACAGUAUGAGAUUGAGGAUGUCAAAGGAAGCUGAUGGUGCAGAGGCUGCUUCUUCUUCUUCACAAAGUACUAAAGUAAAUACCACAACAGAGACAUGAUUCCCUGUUCCUCAGUAUAUUAUUUCCCUCUUUCUUUCUUUCUUCUUGUUUUUUGCCCCUCCACCCCUUUAAAUAUAAGAAAGCACUUUGUUGAUUCAGAAGCCAUUUUGCACAUCUUUGGAUAAAUAAUGCUUGGUAUAGUCCAUAAUUUUAGUUAGUGCAAAAGUCAGUCAUGUCGUUCUGUGACUUGGCGUUUGCUGACCUAGUUUUUUAGGGAAUAUAUAUUUUUUUUUUACUCCCACGAUGUUGUGUUACUAUAAAUUAGGGGGCCCUGCAACUGAAAAGGGAUGCUCGUAUAGCCCUAUACAUUUGAGCUUUUUGGCCCCUCCCACAUGCCACAACACAGAUGUUUUUCUUCUGCUUUUUGUUCAUUUUGAGAAGAGAUGCAAACAAAGCCAAGAAUUGAAUUUAGAUUUGCA